GAAAAUUACCAGCAUCAAGAAGUGGCAUCUUCUCCCUGGGACAGCUGGGCCUGACUUUUUGUCCAGUGCAGCUUCCAGCCCACAGGGAGCAGAGACCGCUGUGUUAGGACACAGAGACCUCUUGUCUGAAGAUCCCAGCCCAGGGUGUCCAAGACAGAAGUGACUUCCGUGGUCCAAGCCUGAUGGAGAAUCCAAGGCGCCCGAGGAGGCCCCUGACGGAGAGGAAAGCCAGGUCUCUGGACAGGCCGUCGGCCCCCAGGAAAGACUCAGAGUCGUGGGACUGCCACUGCCUCUCCCUGCCCACUGCCCCCACCAGGAAGGCGCUUCACUGGACAACCAGUGAUUGGGCCAGACGUUCAGAGAGCCCAGCUCCAUCUGCAGAGGCUCGGGGCACCACUGCUGCAGCCCUCACUCCGGAGGAGACCAGAGAGUUUCUCCCCAGUGAGCAGAGGCCUCCGCAAGACACCAAGAGGGACAAGGCCCAGAGGUGUGCCCAGCAGGGGUGGCUGAAGACCAUGCUGAACUUCUUCUUACUGAGGACGGGCCAUGAGGAGCCCAGAGAAAAGGCCAGCAGGAGGCCAAGGGGGAAGGAGGACCUCUCCCAGCCUCCAGAGCCCCCAGAGGCACCAGGGGAGCCAGCCCUCAGGAAGAGAGCCCACCACGACAAGAAGGCCAGCCGCAAGAAGCAAGGUCACAAGAAACACGUGGCCGAGGUGAAUAAGGCAGCUCAAGACCAGGAGGCCAGAGGCCAGGAGGAAGGGCUGUCCAGGACAGUUGCUGCCUUGCACUCUGGGGAGGCUGACCUGGGCCCAGCUCACAGGGGUGGGGAAGACUCUGAUCGUCAGUCCUUCCUCAUCAGAGCAGAUGGUGCUGGAGCUUUGGAUGUUUCUCCCCACGCCACAGGUCACCAGCAAGAAGAGGAGCUCAGAAAGCCUGAUGAGGAUGCUAUCAUUCAGAUGAUAGUGGAAUUUCUCAAAAGAGUGGGAGACCAGUGGGAAGAAGAGCAAUCUCAGGCCUCACAGCCGAAGGCGGUCCUGCCAAACCCAACAGCAGCUGUUAGGAAGAAAUCCCAAGAGAAAAAGACAAGCCCCAAGAUAAACUUUUCUCUUAAGAAACAUGGCUCUGAGGAGGCCAAGAGGGGGGCUGCAGAUGUUUCCAGUCCAGAGGCCCGGCCACACAAGAAGUCCAGCUUUCGGCCCCUGUGUGUCGGCGGCCAUCGGCCUUCCAUCUCCAGCAGCUAUGGCUUGGAAGAACCUGAAGUCCAGGAGAUCCUAUCUGCAGAGGCUGGGGCUCCAGGUCCCUGCAAGCUUUCCACCCCACCAGAGAGCCUGGGACCUGGAGAGGAGCUUCAGCCAGACAGAGCCUCAGAAUACAGAGAAUUCAUUCAGAAGAUCAUUUCCAUGCUCCAAGAUGCAGAAGAACAGCGAGGAGAGGAGCAACCUCAAGUCCAGGAGGAAGAGGUGUGUAUAGGAAACCUGGCUCCACUCAGCAGAAGGAAAUCUCAAGAAAAAAAGUUGAGCUUCAGGAGAGCAUUUUACCAUAAGAAACACAGCUCCAAAGAACCCAAGAGAGCGGGGGCAGCAGGGGCCACCAGCCCAGAGACCCGACGGCCCAAGAGGCCCAGCUUUCUGCCCCUGUGUGUCGGUGGGCAUCGGCCCUCCACCUCCAGCAGCCUUGAUCCAGAAGAUCUCGAGUGCCAGGAGCCCUCACCUGCAGAAGGCGAGCCUGUUGUGGUCCCAGAAGCACCCUUCCAGGCCAGAGGCCACACAUCAGAAGGGGCAUCUCAGCUGAGUGGAGUGUGUGAAUCUAAGGAGCUCAUCAUCCUGAAGCUGGUGGCGCUUCUCCAAGAAGUGGAUGGUCAACUGGGGCAGCAGAUCAGGCGCCACCCCAGCUUUAAGAGGUAUUUUUAUAAGUUCUCGGACUCCUCCCUCAGCAAGCUGCUAGCCACCCUACGCAGCCAGGUGCCCCACUCCUCUCAGUGGGACAGGAACCUCGCCAGGAGACUCUACCAGUUUGACGUUCGCUUGGCUGACAAAUUUGCUGGCAACAACAGCCACGCCAUCUGCAUCCUCAUGGGCCUAAGAGACCACUACAAUUGCACCCACUUCCCAGACAGGGAGGACCAGCCGAACGUCGCAAGUCCUGAGAUUCUAAGUCCAGAUUGAAAGCUGUGUCUUGCACUCAAAUUCCCUUGAACUAGCCAAACGGUUCACAGCUUUAGCCAGGAGACCCUGAAGACGCUCUGUGACAUCCCAAUCCUUGCUUUACAAACAUGACGGAAGACAAGAGCAGACAACCAUUCUGUGUCCAUACCCUAGUAUCUGAGAAGCACAAGGACUCUUCCACAAGGCAAGACACAGAUGCCAUGUCUGGGGAAAUCAGCACUGGCCUGGGAGUGAAGAGACCAGGGCUGCACCUGCUGAACCUACUCCAGACCUGCUCUGUGACCCUCUACACGUCCCUGCUUCUCUCCAGACUUUGAAGUCUAGGAUCUCACCCAGAAGGCCUACUGACAUUUUCUCAGAUGUUAGUUUUAACUGAGUCUAGUUUUUAAACUGUUUAUUUAAUCUCUAACCAGAACAUCCACAUGUAUCCAAACAGAUGUGCAUCUUAAUGUAUUCUAUCAUUUCUUCAGUUGACCAGUAGUUCUUCAUGCUCACGUGGCUUUGUAGAUGCCUCCCAGUAACUCUGCAGGCCCCAGAUGGAAAGACCUGGACACUGAGGAGGCUUGGUCUCUCAGAAUCCUUCUAACCCUCUGUUAAUGGAGCUGAUACCUUGCACCUCUCCCAUCUCAUGGGUUUGGCUGAGUCAGUGAGAAAAUGGAUGUGAAGUUCUGCAAAUUAUGUAGUGCCAGGGCCAUGUAUGUACUACAGCUUCUUCUGGGUAGUUUUCAGGAAGUGGAGGAGGGCUUCAGUGGGCUGGACCGCCGUGGAUUGUUGCACAGGGGCGCACUGCUCAAGAGCACCAUACUCUGGGAAGUGCUAUUCACAUCCCAGACAUUGUGGAUUUGUAGAUUUAUGAUGACAGUUUUCCAGCUGGUGGCAGUACAAUGUCUUGAGAAAAGGGAUGUGUUUUUGUAUUUGCACAAAGGGGAGGUGUGGGGUGCCAGAGGCUCUGCCUUCUGUAUAGCUUAACAGUUUCAACAGCUUGAUUUGGGUGUGAAAUUUGCCACAUGUUCCUAUCUAUGUGCAACAUGGACAAAAUUGCAGACGGACAUCUGGCUCCCGUGGACACUGCCCAGAACAUGUGGUCAUGGGGGAGAGCGUAUUAAACCUGGAUAGCAAGUGUGAUCUUGUGACGACUGGGGACAUGGUAUUGCCGUGUUGAACCUGCUGUAGCAUCAUUGGGUAGGACUAGGGAGGAGGAGCAGCCUAGGGCGGAGAGGCCCUGGGCACUUACAUGGGGGGCCUCCAACCAGAGGCACCAGCUUAGUAAGCUCAACUCAGCCUAUCUGGAAAGCCUUUUAGUUUUUAUUGCUGCUUCUGAGAUGUGGGGGAGAGGUGAGCUAUUUGUGGAUUUGUUUAGGCAGUGCUCAUGAUCUUAGCACCCAAAUGUGAAGGAUCAGAAUAAGUUAUGAAACGAAGGUCAGGAACUUUUUGUACACAGUUUCUUAUUUGGAACAUGUUCUUUAAGCUCUAUGAAUAUUUGGUAUGUGCUCCUGAUGCUGGCAUCUGAGUCUCAUUUUUGUACUGUGUUAUUUGAGCAAAUAAAUUAACCUGCACAAA